AUGGCUGAGGGGUGGCUGAACCGCCCGCGAGCAGGAUUGAACAGAGGGCAGAAGGGCAGCAUGGGGGACUCGGAUGACCUGGACGACAGCCUGACCAGCCUCAUGUGGCUUCAGGACUUCUCAAUCAUCAACGCCAGCAUGGGCAAGUCCUCCUGCUGCCCCAGUGGCCCAGACCCCCAUGACUGUCACAGGAUCCCCAGCUUUGCCGCCCCGUGCUCACCCCUGGCCGCCGACCCAGCGUGCAUGGGCAUGCCCCACACUCCCUGCAAGCCCAUCUCCUCCUCCACCUCGAGGACGGCGCACCACGCCAUGGCCAUGCACCCUCAGCUCGCAGAGGACAUUGACUACAAGACCAACCCAUACGUCAAGCCGCCCUACUCCUACGCCACCCUCAUCUGCAUGGCGAUGGAAGCCAGCAAGAAGCCCAAAAUUACCCUCUCUGCCAUCUACAAGUGGAUUACUGACAACUUCUGCUACUUCCGACAUGCUGAUCCCACCUGGCAGAACUCCAUCCGGCACAACCUCUCCUUGAACAAGUGCUUCAUCAAGGUGCCCCGGGAGAAGGGUGAGCCAGGGAAAGGUGGGUUUUGGAAGCUUGACCCCCAAUACGCCGACCGGCUCAAGAACGGCGCCUUCAAAAAGCGGAGGAUGCCCCCAGUGCAGAUCCACCCGGCCUUCACCAAAACAGUCCAAGAAGAAGCACAGUGCGUUGCAAGCCCGGCCGCUUCAGCUUGCACCUCCAGUAAUGUCCUCAACGUCAACAUGGAGUCACAGCAGCUGCUGAAAGAGUUUGAAGAAGUCACCGGUGACCAGAACUGGAAUCCAGUCAAUGGCAAAGCAGGGCAGAAGCGCAAGCAGCCCUUGCCCAAGCGAAUGACCAAGGCGUCUCGGCUUUCCAACUCUGCCUUGCUGACCCAGGAAGAGCAGACCGAGCUGGGAUCUCUAAAAGGUGACUUUGACUGGGAAGCUAUCUUCGACACCAACCUGAAUGGAGACUUCUCCACAUUUGGGGAUCUGGACCUCACGCCUCCAAUCAGCCCCAUAACACGUGACCUGGACUUGACGGUACAUGGGCACCACAUCGACUGUGCCCAGGGGCAGGAGCAGGUCCUCACCGAAUCCGACCAGAACAACUUGGACUUUGAUGAAACCUUCAUGGCCACUUCUUUCCUGCAACAUCCCUGGGACGAAGGGACAAAUGAUUACCUCUCCAACUCAGUCAACAUGGAGCAGUUGUUUGACCUCAAUGACACCUCUUUGCCAGCAGAUGUGAGCGACUGGAGCAGUCUGGCGUCCCUCUUAUAG